GCGUCGGCCAAGUCCCAGCUGAAGGCCGUCAAGUCCGAACGCUCAGACCUCAACGUCGCAGCCAAGCCCAAGGAGGAUGCCGCACCAACUCGGCUCGCCACCUUGCGUGAUGAGGGCGCCAAGGUCAUUGCCGACGCGCGCGCCAAGGCAGUUGAGGUUGCAGAGCUGGCGGCUGUAAAGGCACAGACAGCGAAGGUUCGAGCAUUGGACUCGGUCAAUUCCCUGCGGACCAAAGCCGGACAAGUCAG